CCAAACAACAUUCCAUUACGAGUCACUGUGACUGAGUAUCAAAGCAGAAAAUCGUCAGCUCCCAGUACAAUUUCACCACCCUAUGUAAAAAUCGCUCACAAUCAAUCAGAUCGUCGAUAUUCGAGUGGCUUGCAACUGGCGAGGCAGCGAACGCCAUUGACGGUGGAGCAAUGUGCACAACUGAAUGAAGUUCUAUUGGAUCCAAGUUUGGGUGUUGUCAAAGAGAUGGUCAAACAAAUCGAGAAACCAUCUCGAUGUGCCACAUCUCAAAUCACUCCAUCAGCUCAUAAGCUCCUCACAUGA